GCCGCUUGUAUUUAUUGGUAAACAGUUAUGUAGAAAUAUGUGGAGACAAAACGCACAAACAAGAAGAACCAGAAUAUCGAAUAUCGAUAACGCUCGCAUCGAUUGCCGCAUGAUUGCAUUUUGAUGACUCACCUGCUCUAGUAGUUAAGAAAAGUUAAUAGAAAAACAAAAAACAACGCACAACUCUCUCGCUCGCUCUCCUGCUCGCUUAUCAACCCCCCUUUGGGCUAAGGAAACCAGUUUCGAGUUUUAGUUUCGCUUUUUGUUUGUACCUGCGCAGUAGCUGCGCCAAGAAAAUGCGUCUCGGGGAAAAUUUCGGCAUGGCAAACAGAACACGCGAGUUUCAUGAACUUAUUGGAUAGCCAGUUUUAUUGCCCUCACGCGAAUAAUACAAUGGACGAUGACGAGGCCCGGGAAUAAAUAGUUAUUCCGGCCUCUUUAUUGUUAAGGCUUUCGAUUCCUUUUCGAACAAUCUUGGCUCAUUCUGAGUGCAACAGAAAAGAAGAACAUUUAUUUGAAGAGUUUGAUCCAAGAGUUCCUUAAUUGAGCAAAGUGAGACUUAGUAUUUUAAGUUAAGUUAUUCUUUGACUAUUUAUCAGUUAACAGGCCUUUUAUUAUUUUGCAUUGCAUUUAUAUUGCAUUGUGCAACUGUUAGUCACUGUUCAGUCGCGUUAUCUGGCAAUAGUUUCUUGAAUAUAAACCAACCAGCACUUGAGCACUUUACAUAAGGAAGUUAACUGAACGUUAACCGUGUCGUAAAUGAUAAAUGCAUUCCUUAACUACGCCGUAGUAUAAAAGAAACGUAUAUAUAUGAAUGAAAUUAAGAAAUUGGCGUACAAAUUUGAUUUGUUAUGAAUGGGGAGACAGGUGUGCAGCAUCUAGUACUGUAAAUUUAUACUUUACGUUUAAAUUUAAACUCAAUUGAAAGCUCAAAGUCGCAUAUAUUUUAAACUAUACUCCAAACGACAUUGCUCGAUAUAUAAAAAAGUUAAUUAACACAAACCGCUCACAUUUAAAAAGAGCAAUGCGCGCGUGGAUUAGCGCCACCUGGCGUUACAAACAAACAACCCUGUUUUAAUAUCGAUAAACACAGUGUGGCACGGCAUGCUUAUCGAUCGCACAAUCGGUAAUUAUUUUUUUUGGCGGGAGGUGUGCACACUCAUUGGCUGCCCAGGGACUGAAGAAAUUAUUUUUAAAUAAAUUAAUUAAAACAACUAUGGAUCUUAACGAUGCCGUGCUAACGUGCGCGGUGAACAUACACUGGACGAACGCGGUGGGCAUAACCGGGCGCAAGCUGGCCUACAGGACGGCAACGCUGCGUCUGGUGCGUAACGAUUUGCGCGAAAUUUUCGUGGAGGUGACGCCCGAGAAGCUAAAGCCGCUCAAAUUCAAGCUGAAGGACAUAAUGGUGCACAAGAAAUUCAUGUCCGAGGGCAAGGCGACGUUCAACUUCAAGGCGGAGCAGUGCUCGCUGUAUCUGUCCAAUGCGCCGCCGGGCACCUUGAUGCUCUUCCUGCGCACCAUAUUCAUCAAAAUGAAUGGCGGCGACGACGGCGCACUGGAUGAGGCGGCCAUGCAAAAGAAGCUGCGCGAGCAAAUGCUGGGCUCACGGCCCAGCAGCUUUGAUGAGAUCUCACCGGUGACCACCGCCGAAAUGGUUUUGGCGCGCAAAAAGGCGGGCCUCAUAACGCGUGGCAGCACGACCACGCCCUCGCCGCAGGCAGCCAAAAAGCGCCGCUUCGAGGAGCUAAAGGCGACGGGCGAGGACAAGAGCCAAAGCGUGCCCGCUGCCAAAAAGCUGUACCAGGCAUCGCCACUGGCCGCCCCGCAAACGGAGGACUCGCUGCGUUUGAGCGAGGAGCAAAUGGAAGUGCUGCGCGCCUGCAUCGCCGGCAAGAAUGUCUUCUUCACGGGCUCCGCCGGCACGGGCAAGAGUUUUCUGCUGCGCAAGAUAAUCUCGGCGCUGCCGCCGGAAGGCACCGUGGCCACAGCAUCCACGGGCGUGGCCGCCUGCCUUAUUGGCGGCACAACCUUGCACGCUUUUGCCGGCAUUGGCGGCGGCGAUGCUACAGCUCAACGUUGUCUGGAGCUAGCGUCGCGUCCCGCUGCCGCGCAGACCUGGCGCAAAUGCAAGCGUCUGAUCAUAGACGAGAUCUCCAUGGUGGAUGGGCAGUAUUUUGAGAAAAUUGAGGCUGUGGCGCGUCACAUACGCCGCAACGAGCGUCCAUUUGGCGGCAUCCAGUUGAUACUCUGCGGCGAUUUUCUGCAGCUGCCGCCCGUCGUCAAGGGCGAGACGGCCUUGCAGCGCUUUUGUUUUCAGUCCAGCGCCUGGGAGGGCUGCGUCCAGUGCGUCUACGAGCUGAAGCAGGUGCAUCGUCAAUCCGAUCCAGAGUUUGUUAAAAUACUCAACCAUUUGCGCAUCGGUCAUGUCAACGAGACCAUCUCGGCCAGGCUGGUGUCCACCUCAAAGCAGAAAAUCGAAGGCAAUGGCAUUCUGGCUACGCAGCUGUGCUCGCACACGAACGAUGCCAACUCAAUCAACGAAUCGAAGCUGGAGCAUUUGAGCGGCGAUAAGGUGCUGUUCCGUGCCGAGGACUCGGAUGCCGGCUUGAGCAAACAGCUGGACCAGCAAGUCCAGGCGCCGGCACAGCUCUAUCUGAAGAUCAAUGCGCAGGUAAUGCUGCUCAAAAAUAUUAAUAUAGCCAACGGCCUGGUCAACGGUGCGCGCGGUGUCGUCGUGCGCAUCGAGAAGGGUCUGCCCGUGGUGCGUUUCAAGAACAAUCAGGAGUACAUGUGCCGGCACGAGAAGUGGAUCAUUAAGACGGCCACGGGCGGCGUGCUCACGCGCCGUCAGGUGCCGCUCAAGCUGGCCUGGGCCUUCUCCAUACACAAGAGCCAGGGACUGACACUCGAUUGCGUUGAGAUGUCGCUCUCCAAGGUGUUCGAGGCUGGCCAGGCAUAUGUGGCCCUGUCGCGCGCCAAAUCGCUGCAAUCCGUGCGCAUUCUGGACUUCGAUGCCAAGCAGGUGUGGGCCAAUCCACAGGUGCUGCAAUUCUACAAGAACUUCCGGCGCCGUCUCAUCGACACCAGCCUGAUACCGCUGGGACCCAAGAACAAGGACAAGAAGCCGGGCGCUGGCAGCACCAGCAGCGCCCUGGCCAAGCUCAAGAAGAGUCUCAUGAACAAGCCGCUCGUCUCGAUAAGCUAGUUAAAUACAAUGCUCGACUGAUCUUUUAGCAACAAAUUUUUUAUCUAACGACUGAAACAAGGCUUUCCAUUUUGAGGCUGCCGCCCAGGUGCCUCAAAGUCCAAACCCUUGACAUAUGCACAAUCUUAGCUGCUAGACUUUAAUUUGACUUAUUUGCAAUUAACAUAGCCACAAAUCUCGUUGUCUCAAAUCGUCUUAGGCAAUUUUAUUUAUGGCAAGAACGAUUCGGGAUACCGAAGAUUAAGUAAUUCUAUAGGAACUGUUCCUGAUUUCAAUAUCUUCUACAACGAUAAAAAAAAGCCUAAACAAUUUAAAUGUCUGGGACUAGCCCGGCAAUAAACGCUAGCUUGUAACUUUUUAUACAUUAUAAGUCCCAACUAGUUUAAAUACAGAAAGGAUGUCCUAAUUCGUAAAACUCAA